AUGUGGUGUCGGCCGCUCCAGUCGGUGCUGAGGACAGGGCUGACCCCGGUAACGCGGUCAUGGAAGGCAAAAGUACGGGCUUGCCGGUUUGCGAAGAGCGAGUCGGUAAAGGGCCAAAGCGGCGAACUCCCGACCCCGCCCCCCGCCUCCAGGCCAGGCUGCAGAGUGAGCGCCGAACUGAUUGAGCAUUUGGAGCGCCUGGCCCUGGUGGAUUUCCGAAAUCAGGAAGGUGUAGAGCGUCUACACAAGGCCGUAGAGUUCGCGGGCCAGCUCCGCGCCGUCGAUACGGACGGCGUGGCACCCAUGGAAUCGGUGCUGGAGGACCGGUGCCUCUAUCUAAGAACAGACAACGUGGUGGAAGGCAACUGUGUGGAAGACCUGCUCCAGAAUUCUCAGCAGACAGUGGAGGACUAUUUUGUGGCCCCCCCAGGUGCUGGAAUGCGGGGAAUACUCUUGAGACAUGCAGAAGAAGUUGGUUUUUCUGUAGAUGGGUUCAAUUUCUCUUGGGGUAACAUCUCUCUACCAAAACUAAGUGAACAAGACCCAGUCACACCAAGUUGAACACCUGCUCUGGGGAAGAGUACUCUAAAGUGGAUAACACUUGGGAAAGACUAAAGCUGAAAAUGUUUCCAUGAACCAUGUCAACAUAGAUGGGCCCUUACUCUUUUCUGCUCUCCCCCACGAUCUCAUGAAGGUGGGGAGUGAGUUGAGAAUGGAGAACUGCUUAAGUGAGUUCCUGCUCUCUGUGAAGGAAUUUGAGGAAGGGAACUGUGGACUUGGAAGAAAGCUUCCUAAGAAAUGGAUCAAAUACUCAUACCUGCUGGACAUGUUCUUUAGUUAACUAAAAACACCUUUGUUCCUGUUUCUUUACAUAGUUGAAAGAAUGAAUGUCUAACCAAAGUGCAUUUUUGACCAAGAAUUUAUUCCUUCCUGAUCAGAGGCCUAGAUGGAAUUUAAACUUAUUCCUAUUUUCUCCAAGUCUCUUCUUUUAUCAAAGAUUUCCUCUACUGCCAAAACCUCCAGAGAAAAACUGAGACUGAAAAGGAGACCAUAAGGUUUAUCUAAGACCAAACCAUCAAUUCAACUUCUUUUUCUUUAUAGCGUUCCCCUCAAGCCACUUCUGGCCACUUAGAAGCUUUGUCCACAAAACUUCUCUUCUUCCUCUAUAUGCAUGAUACAGAAAAAAGGGAGUUCUUGCAUAAUUAAAAUAACCACAACUUGAAAAUUAUUAAACUUUAGAAAUAUAUUUCUAAACAGAA